GCAAUAAACAAAACUCGCUUUCAGGCAGCCAACGAACCGCAAAUUUAUCGCGCAAAAUCAAUGUCAUGUAGAAACGGAAAAGGUUACGAUCAGAUUUACAAGUUAGAGAGCUAUGACGACUCAUUCUGCUUUUAUUGACACUCCCACUCUUCCACUGAAUCCUGAAACGAAAUUACUGGCAGCUUUCAAAAAUGACACACACCCUGAUAAAGUGUACCUGGCGGGAAGGGAGUAUCUGGGUGAGGAUGGUCAGAUCUCUGUGCUCCCUCUUACCUGGAAGAUUAAGCAGCAGAUAGGAAGUGAUCCCACCCUGGGCACAGAGUACCCACCAGGUCUGGGCCUGCCGGAGUUCACCAGGAGAGUCACCGAGCUGGCACUGGGAAAGGACAGCCAGGCUAUUGUGGAAAACCGGGUGCUGGGUGUCCAGACCGUGGGAUUCAUGGGGGGAGUCCGGCUGGGGACAGAGCUUCUGAGACGCUGGUACAACAGGAGUGUGGCCUGGUCCGGCCCUGUGUAUGUCGCUUUACCCUGUCAUGACUCACUGGUUGACACCCUCAAGGCUGCUGGGAUCCUGGAUGUCCGACAGUAUCGAUACUGGAAUGCGGAGCAACGGGUCGUGUCCAUGGACAAGCUCACGGAAGACCUGGAGCAGGCCCCGGAACAUUCCGUGGUGAUGCUGUCAGCCUCUGCACACUGUCCGACGGGAGCCGACCUCUCCCAGCAGGACUGGUCAGCCCUCGCUGAAGUUAUGGCGAGCAGGAGGCUCCUCCCGUUCUUCCUCUUGCCAGCCCAGGGCCUCUGCCUAGGGGACCCAGAUCAGGAUGCUUGGCCCCUACGCCACUACGCUUCCUUGGGCCUGGAGUUCCUCUGUGCCCAGUCCUUCUCCCACAGCUUCAGCCUCUACGGGGAGCGGGUUGGACAUCUCCUGCUCGUGCUGAAGCAGAACUCUGUGCUUCUGGCGGUCCAGUCGCAGGCGGAUAGCCUGGUGCGCUCUCUGUGGGCCCGGCCCACUGUUUUGGGUGCCCGUGUGGUUGCCACGGUGCUGGGUAACCCUGCCUACCUCGCCGAGUGGCGUGACGCCAUAAGAGGUUUAGCCGAACGCUGCCUGCUGAUUAGGGAGCAGCUUCUGGAGAAGCUGAGGCUCCUGGGAACGCCUGGACGCUGGGAUCACCUGACACAGCAGGGUGGACUGUAUUGUUGCACAGGCCUAAAUGCUGAACAAGUAAGGUUCCUGGCCAGGAAGAGGCACCUAUACUUGCUGCCAGAUGGGUGUGUGAACGUGACAGCCAUUAACCGCCAGAACCUGGAAUACGUAGCAGAAUCCAUCUACUUAGCUUUGACCUCUGCCCUCUGACCUUAGCAGUCAGUAUGACAGACACCCAAAGUAUAAAUGAUUAGUCUGCUCACUCAUUUACGUGUACGUAACAGUUUUAGUACCUUGUAAAUAGUCUGUAAGGUUUGCAAACUGUCCCAACGCUUCUGAUGUUGCCAAUUUUAGGUUUAUAAUGGAAUGACAUAGAUUUGCCGUCAGAUUUCUUGCGUGAGCGUGAGAGUCCGAAAGCAUGUGUCACGCCAGAUGUGUGAAAGUUAGCAACCCUGUAGUUUUCAGCUGUUGUUGUUGCUGUCCUGUCCAUCUCUGAGAAUAAAUGAGAAUAAAGAUUCCGUAUAGCUUCUCACUUUGCAGUAGUAGAACAAUGAAGGACGCUUUGUGAGAUCUUUCCCAAGCAGGUACCACAGAGAUAUGUAGAACCACUACAGCCUAAAACUGUACUCCAAACCCUGCAGUGUGGUCAGGAACAAACUUUUGUGCUCAAGAAAAAAAAGAAUAAAUUUGUUAUAACGUGGAAAAUCACGUAACCUUAAAUUAGUUUUUGGAUGCAAAAUGACCCAUUAUUAUUGUUUGGCUAUAUGUGUGUAUGUGUACAAAGUAUUUUAUGUGGUAAACAUAGAUUAGCUUUAAAGCAUAAAGCAUUUAUUUGAUAAUAAACUAUUGGCUAGUGAAGGACGAGGGUGGUGUUUGGUCUGUCCAUGUGGUGGAGCCAUUGCCAUGUUGAAAAUAAACGUUUUUGUGUU